UUUGUUGCAGCGUACAAAAUAAAAGCCCGCAGCAACAACCCGACUUUAUUGCAGCGUACAUGUUAUUGCCCGCUGCAACAAGUCCGCGUUUCAAAAUUUUUUACUUUCCUAGGUUGCAACAAACCGCGCUCAAACGUACGUUGUUCCUUCUCUGCUAGCUCCAAGCUUUUUCCCUUAAACAAAUAUCCAAGCAAGCCGUCGAACUCAGCCCUGCGUCGCCGUCGAACUCAGCCCUGCGUCGCCGUCGAACCCAAGCGUUGCUCAGCCCUGCGUCGCUGUCUUCGCCGGUGUGUGGUGUUCUCGCCUCAUCUCCCCCAUCCCGUUCAAUUCUCGCGCGGCCUGUCACUGAAAGAUAUAUUCUUGGUCGGCCGGGGGUUCAACAUCUCCCCGUCGCGUCGUGGUUCCGGUGGUUGCUCGGCGUCGUGGUUCCGGUGGUUUCGGUAUGGUGUGUUCAAUUUUUAUUUUCGUUUUUUAUUUUCGUUUUCAGAUUAGGGUUCAAUUUUAGUUUUUGAUUUUCGUUUUGAUUAUUGUUUUUGAUUUUCGUUUUUGAUUUUCGUUUUGAUUUUCGUUUUGAUUUUCGUUUUUGAUUUUCGUUUUGAUUUUCGUUUUGAUUUUCGUUUUUAUUUUGAUUUUUUUUGGCUGUUUUUCAAUUAUUUCUUUAAUUUGCAGUUAAUUGUGAAGAUGGGUAGAUACUCAUAUGGUUGAAGAGAGGGGCGAUGACCGUACUGCCAGCAUAAUCUAUCAUCGUGCUUGUUCGAAUUUCAACAAUUGCAUAAGAUGACUUGAGAUCCCCGAGUCAGAAAUUUUCAGAAGCUUUCGGUGAUUUGUAUCUUUUCAGAAGUUCUCAGAAUCGGAAAAUAACGCACGUAUUUACUUUUGGAACAACAUAGGUACGAUGAAUGAAAACCAAAUUGUUGUUAGGCAUGAAUCAGAAGGUGGCAAGACUCCCACAACGGGUGACGAAUCACAAGAUGUUAGUACGAUUACAAAGACCAUUAAAGGCCGUGGUCCGUCAAAAGGUGUUAAAGUCGCUAAGCCUAUGUUCCUUGAGUAUAAUGUAUAUAAUGUCCCCGAUGGACAAUGGUCUCAUGAAUACGGGAAGCAAGUUGGGAGUUGUGCUACUAGAAUUAAUAUUAACGUCCCAUUAUAUCCAAAGGUAGAUGAGCAAACCAAGAAGGGGUUUUGGGAGGAGACUAAGCUUAUGUUCCACAUUACUGAUUAUUCUAAUCAUUCGAGGGAGAAAUAUUUUCAUUCUUGUGUGGCGAAACGAUUUAGUUGUUUCAAGAGCAAGUUGGUGCGCCGAUGGAUAACUAUGAAGGAAAAGAAGCCAAAAAAUCAAACAAACAAGAUGCCUUGGGAUGUCUACAACCAUAUCACAGAGGAUGAUUGGAAGACUUUUGUUAAACAUUAUUUCCUGCCAGAGUCAUUGCUUCGUAGUGAAAAGGCGAGGAAAAGUGCAUCAUGCAACAAGAACCCACAUCGCACCGGCCAAAAGGGUUAUAAUAGAAAGCGACUAGAUUGGAUAAAGGAUGGACGACUUCCACCAGAUGCAGCUUUACCUAUCUCGAGUAGCUCCUCGGUGAACUCAUCAGUGACCUCAAAUGUUAAUAGAGUUAGAAAAUACAGAUCAAAGGAGUUGAUUUUGGCCCAUCAAGUACAAAAUAAAGAGGGAAAGUGGGAAAUUGACCCGAACGAUACAGAAGUUGUUGAAAUCGCAACAAAAGCUUUAGAGUACAUCGCAGAAGAGGAAAAAGGAAAUCUUUCUUUCGAACAGGGUGAGGAUGCCCUCACUAAAGCUAUAGGGAAAAAAGAUCAUCGUGGGCAUGUCAAGGGAACAGGUGGCAUGGUUGGUAUCAAAAAGGCUUUCGGUCCGUGUAUUCGACAUAGUAGAAGUGACCAUGGUGAAGCUUCAUCAGAAAAUUACGAAUCAAUCAGAGCUUCUGUGAAAAAGGAGUUUGAAGGUGAAUUAGAGAAAAGGGUAGAGAAAAGGGUGGCAGAGGCCCUCCAAAAGCAACUAAGCACCUUGUUAAAAACAGGACAACUAAACUCCAUUUCUACCCCGAUACUUGAUGACCUCCACUUAAAUGAUUCUGCAAGAGUUGACCUUGAUGUUAGUGCUACAAGAACCACUCGUCACAUCUUAGUGCCGCAACCACGCGAGCUAAAGGAAAGGACUCCAUGUCGUCUUGCCCUUGAGGAUAAAGUUUCAAGCAACAACAUUGUCGUGGCGGAUGGUAUGGUACAACCCUCAGAUGGUGCAUUGCCCCAACAUUUUACAUCGAUGAAGCCUGGUCACUAUAAAGUCCAAGUUGAUUUUGUUUACGACGGACAUGUUGAUGAUAUUCUUCCGGUACCUACGGGAGAUGGUUUCACUAACUUAGGCGGUGCUCUGGGUAGUUUUGUGCAAUGGCCCAUACACUUAGUGAUUUUCGAAGACGGCGAGGAUUGUACUUCACCUCCUAAAAAGAAGUCCAAGUCUAAUGUUUCUAAAGAAAGGGAUGGUAGCUCCAAGAAAAAGACAACGGUAUUAGCGGCCCAAAAGAAGACAACAGACUUAGCAUCCAAGGAAUUUUCGCAUCCAAAGAAGUCGAAUUCUAAGCCUAAGUUCAACUUAGAGGUCGUGGGUAGUUGUGAUCGUAAAACACAAGAAUCAACCACCAAAAGCAAGAAAGCGAGACUUGUACACGAUGCAAUUCAAGGUCUUGGCCCGUCAUGCAAAUACUUGCAGUUUAUCAUGACUUCGGCUCCUGAUGAUAUAUAUGAUAAUACUACCAUCCCAUUGGCGGCCUCAGUUUGGCACUCGGAUUUUGAUCAAGAAACAUACAUAACUGCGUCUGAUAUAGGAGAGUUCCUUCGCGGGGCGUGCUUAAACAUUUCAGCGAUCCAAGUCUACAUAUUGUGUUUAUUUCACGAUCAUGCCAAAUCAUUUGAAAUGUCUCGGAUUUCGUUCAUUUGUCCCGAGAUUAUGUCAAGCACUAGAAUCAAGGCCGACCCUGGAGCGCCAACAAUGUAUUUGAAAAACAUUUUCCAAGCUGAAAUUGAAAAGGAGAAGAUGGGUAAUCCUAAUAACCUAACUAAUUGGUUUUUAAUCCCAUAUAAUCAAGAAAAUCAUUGGAAUUUAUACGUGAUGGACCUACGUAGAGGUUAUGUAUAUAUUUUCGAUUCUGCUAGAGAUCCACGCCGAACAGAUUAUGCAUGGGGAAUCUUGAGUUUGGCAUACCAAGUGUACAAGUGCAAUGGUGGGCAUUGUCCGAAUAAAACGAGUUUUAAGUCGUGUAAACCCAUUCAUAUAGAGUGUGCUCAACAAAUCGGCGGAACUGAGUGUGGCUAUUACGUUAUGAAGUUCAUGUUAGAGAUAGUCACGUUACAACAUGACUAUGAAGGCCGGCUAGAUGAGGUAAGUAACUAAUUGAUUCGUAUUCUAGACUAUUAAUACAUUGUCAUUAGUUGCUUGAAUGUUAAAAUGUGACAUUUCAUUUGCAUU